CAGAAGCCGUUGACGGCUCUAAUAGUGACGGAUCGAUCCCCCGCAAUAUUAUUUUUCCCUUUUUCAUUUGUUUUGUGGAGAAAAAACACGCAGAGGGAGUACAAGUAAGCCUCACUGCACACAUCCGUCCUCUGCGAUCCCCAUCAGAUAUCUUCAACACAUAAUCCUGUUUUGAGCUUUUGUAAGAGCUUGUGCUAACGGUAGCUAGUCACGAUUAUUGCUAAUAACGCCACGAUACAACCUCGAGACAAGCCGGGACAAGACCAGUCUCAGGACUCACCAUACUCAAUGAGCGUACAGCGCAAUGUCAGAGCGCUCUGGGCAAACAGCAAAGGGGAAGGAUGGCAAAACCAAGUAUGCGUCUCUCAACCUGUUUGAUACAUACAAAGGAAAGAGCCUUGAAGCACAGAAGCCUGUUGUUGCCCCUCGUCAUGGCUUACAGUCUCUUGGUAAAGUUGCCUCUGCACGGCGCAUGCCCCCCCCUGCCAACUUGCCUAGUUUGAAGGCGGAGAACAAAGGCAACGACCCCAACGUCUCGCUCGUUCCCAAAGACGGCACAGGAUGGGCAAGCAAGCAGGAACCAGCAGACCCAAAGAGUACCGAUGUAUUGUCCGAAGCGCAGCCGGAGUCGCAGCAGCCUGUGGCCUCACAGACACCUGUGCCGAGCAUGCCGAGCAUACCGAGAACACCUCCAGCUCAAGAGGCCCAGACUCCAGUUCUAGCCGUAGGACCAAAGUCCUGGGCUCAGGCCAGUGUUACACAUGGAGUACAAGGAGAUGGUGGAAAGGGAUCAAACCAACCAUCGCCAUUCUCUCGCGAGGAAUUUCCCACCCUGCAGGCGGCUGGAGACCAGGACAAAGCUGGCAAAGAACAGGCCACUGCAGAUCAGUGGUAUGGGCCCGGACCAAGCCUCCGCCCCCAGAACGUAACGAGUUGGCGGGAUGGUGGGGGCCGGGCAUUGGCACCCACCCUGGCUGGGGAGGGAGUUGCGGAGGGCGGUGCUGGGGGAACCAUGGUGAUGGAGGGUGCUGCUGGGGCCCCUCCCAUCCCACCGCAGAAUGCGUCCUCCCAUGGGCUGCCUAGAACCCCCUCAACCAGCAACCCCGCACUUCCCCUCCCCCAGCCACCCAUUGGCCCACAGUUCCAGGCUUACAGAGGGAUCAUGCCUCCUUUUAUGUAUCCACCAUACCUACCCUUCCCACCCCCAUAUGGUCCACAGGGACCUUACAGGUAUCCAGCCCCAAAUGAGGCCCCAAGGUUUUCUCGUUCACAGGGUGGCGUAGGACCAGAUGGGCGGCCCCCUGGUGGCCCCCGGGGUGAGGUGGUGAAACGCCCCUCCAUCCUCAAACAGGAUGACCUGAAGGAGCUGGAUGAGCUGGACCAUGAUGGAGAUGAUGGCUGGGCUGGGGCACAGGAGGAAAUUGAUUACUCCGCCAAGUUGAAGUUCAGUGAUGAUGAAGGAGAGGAUGACGGGGAUGAGGAAAGGUCUGAAAACAAAAAUGGACCCCGGGAGGCAAAGGAGCAGCAGAGAUCCCAAGAUGGACCUGCACCUGUUUCACGGUCCCGAGCAUCUGACAGUGGAGGGGAUUCACUGUGCACCCCUCCAUGCAGUGCUGACGAUGGCUCCGCACCCCCCUCCAGCAAGCCAGGCUGGGCCGAGGAGGGAGGAAGUAGCUGGGGCAGUCAGACAAAUGCAGUAUCUUGUCAGGGGUGUAGGCCUGGGCAAGGUGGCCCAAGGGAGCAGCCCUCCCCCCCACCAGGGCCACUUGGACAGGGGCCCUACUCCUACUACCACCAGGACCGGCCUUCAAAUCAGUCUACAACCUCAAGCCCUAACCUGGCCCCUCAGAAGCUGCCCAGCAUUGCCCAAGCUCAGCAGCAAGCAGGGUCAGUGCCAGGUGGGCAGUCACCACCUCCCUCCGGCACCCUGCAUUCUCAGCCACAGGCCGAGGAUGAGGACGAGACAUGGAGGCAACGACGGAAGCAGUCAUCAUCAGAGAUCUCUGCCGCAGUAGAGCGUGCCCGUCGUCGGCGUGAAGAAGAGGAACGGCGGAUGCAGGAGGAACGUCGUGCAGCCUGCGCAGAGAAGCUCAAGAGACUUGAUGAAAAACAGCAGCAGCAACAGAACAUGAAACCCAGCUCCCCCAGUGAAGCGCCUGCCAGCAGCCCUAGUCCCUCUUUGUCUGCGCCCGCCUCAUCUCCUAAUGCCAGUCAGCCAUCCUCACCCUGCAUGGACCCAGAAGAACCUCCACUGUCAUCCGCUCAGACAAGCGGUGCGACAUUGGGAAUGAAUAUAAAUAAUAGACAGAGGGCUGGCAGCAACAGUAGCCAUGAUUCCACCAAUGAGUCUCAACAGAUUCUGCAGCCUCAAGUUACACAGCAUCAGCAAUCCCUGGAUGUCCCUGUGUCUGGUGAUGGCAAGGAUGAACCUGUGGUAGGUGGGCCAUGUAUCCGCGGCACUAGAGGUGGAGAUGAUCCUGUGAAGGUCGAGAGUGUUGGUGGAACAGGACGGCAGGGUAGUGGUCCUCCUGGACAGGGCUUUUCCAAAUAUCAGAAAUCACUUCCUCCUCGUUUUCAGAGGCAACAACAGGAGCAACUUCUCAAACAACAGCAGCAGCAGCAGUGGCAGCAGCAACAACAGCUGCAACAUAACCAGGUUGCCCAAAAUCAGCUCCACUCCCAGCCUCAGAAUCAACAGGGCCCCUCUCCAGGCACCACUUCACAGUCUGGGCCCAAACAGCCAACUCUUUACCCCCCUGGUUCAAUGGGACGGCCUCCACCUCUUACCAUGAACUUUGAUCCCCGCUGGAUGAUGAUGUCCUACAUGGACCCUCGUAUAAUGCAGGGGCGUCCCCCACCCAUGGACUACUACCCUGCCAGCAUGCAUCCUUCGGGGAUGAUGAGUCGGGAGCGUUCUGAUUCAGGUGGCUCUGGGUCAGAUCCCUUUGAUAGGCAGCAGCAUAGUGGACCUCCUCACCCACAUCGUGGCACCCCCCCCAUGGAUCCUAAGCUGGUUUGGGGGCCAGAUGUUUUUCCAGGGGGUACUGAGGGUAGGGGAUUGAGCUCACCCCUAAGGCAGAAAGCUGUAGAGGAAGAGAUUAUUGGCAAAGGUCAAGGAAGUGACACUCCUCCACUGCGUAUGCGAGAGGGAGGCACAGCCCCCAUUCAGCCGCCAAGUGUGGCUCCCAGCUCUCCAUCUGGCUCAUCCAACCAAACCCCACCACCUUUGGCAGUUCAAGUUGGAGGCCAGGGUACUGGCCACCAUGUCCACCAUCAACCCUUUAUGGGCGGAAGAGGAGGUUACAGUAACUACUCUGACAAUGGAUCCAGGAUGGGCUCCCACCUGCAGCAAAGGGCCAGCAGUGGGGGGUCACUGCAUGGUUUUGGCCAUCAGGAGGGUAGUCAACCAAGCCAAAUUUGGGGGACUCCUCAUCCCCAUUAUGAUCGUAAUGGCCGGUCUGAUCACUCGGCCUUGGAGAACAACUCUCAUCACCAACACCAUGCACCACCCCAUCAUUUCUCCCUUCAUCCUCAUAAGCAGGAAAAUGGCAGGGAGCGAGAAAAAGGAGGGGAGACAAAAAAGAGUGGUCCCUCACCUCCACUCCAUCAGCCGUCCCUCUCCUCCUCCUGCUCCUCAUCAUCAUCAUCUUCCUCAGCCAGAGAAGAUGGCAGUGGGAAGCUAUCCCUACAUAAUCAAGUCCCACCCCAGCAUGAGCAUGACACUGGACCCACUCAUGUUCCAGUAAGAAAACAGGACAAAAUGGGAAAUGCACACAAUCAGCCCCCACAGCAUUCUUUGCAGCAGCACCACCCUAAAGCCAACCCUCGCAGCCGGGAACACAAAACUGAGACACAGUGGGGCCCAAGGCCUAGUAGCAGUAACGUGAGUGGUGGCUCAUCCCAUAACAGAAAGGUAGGAUCUGGUAUGAGUGGAAAUACUGGAGGGGAAGAAUCCAUAAAUCAGUUGGCUGAGAAUAAGUCCUCUACCCAAUCAGCAGAUGGUGUCACAGUCAAGCGGGCAGGUCCUAUUAAGAGACCAAUUCUUAAAGAGUUGAAAAGAGAGGGUGGUGAAGGUGAGGGAGGAGAAAAGCCAACCGGAGGCUCUGGGAAAGACAAGGAACAAGAUGCUUCUCAGACAACCACCAAACACGAAUCAGCCUCUGGGGCUCAAACCUCCUCUGCACCCAGUGGGAAAGAUGAUGCUGUCUCCUCAAAUAAAACAAGAUCUGGUGGAAAGGAGCGAGGUAACACUGGGGGUACAGGUAAAGGAUCCAAAAAUGGAGAAAACUCAAUUCAAAAUUCUGGAUAUUUUGCUCCUCAAUCCAGAAGGGAAAGGGAGCGCUCUUUAGAAAGAGGGAGCACAACUUACCAUGCAUCCUCAUCCAGAGGUGGCCGAUCAAGUCGUGGUCGAGGAGAAUUUUAUGGGCGAGGUAGAGGCUACAGGGGGACUUACACGGGCAGUACCGGUGGUGGAAACCGUGGGAAAGCGGGUGGAAGAAGCAGCAGGGACUACAGGUCAGCUGCCAACAGUGGCUGCCACCAUGGACCUUCUAAUCAAGAAUACAAGAGGGAGGCAUCAUCUGGCAGUGGUAGGCAUGGACAUGGGGGCCCUCAGCCAAAUCCGGGACGUGCUAGAAACCGCAGUGAGACCCGAAGUGAAGGUUCUGAAUAUGAAGAGGUGCCAAAAAGGAGGCGGCAGCGGGGAUCUGAGACAGGCAGUGAGAGUGCUGGCAGUGAUCUUCCUCACUCUGACAAAGAGGACCGCAAGCAUAACAUCAAGACUGGCAACAGAGAGAACCCAACAACAGGUCCUUCAUCUUCAGCUCCAACCAGAAACUCCCAGACAAGAGUGUUCACACCAAGGGGAGUGCCAUCAAGACGUGGUAGAGGUGGAGGUGGUGCUGGUGGAGGUCAUCAUAGAAGUGGAGGCAGUGCUGGAGUCUCUGGCGGACACCGAUCUGGACCUGGCCCUGUUUCCCAUGGCUGGUCUGCAAAAUCUUCAACUGUGCGAAAGCAACAUAUAUCCUCCCAACCAUCCCCUCCCAAAGAUUUGGGUCAUGGAGCUAAUGGUGAAAAGAAGAAAAUUAGUGACCAGAGUCAAAGUGCAAAUACCACAGUACCUAAUCCCUCUGUGCCAACUGUCCAACAGGGGUCCAUUGAGAAUGGAAGUGUUGGGGCUCAACUGUCCUCAAGUAAUGUUCCGUCAAAUCCCACUGGCUCUACUUUACAGGCACUUCCUCUGUCCACUCCAGAUGGACAAAGUUUCCCACCCAGGGGAUUUGAGCACCCCCCUCGUCGUAGACGCCAUGGACGAUCUCAGCAUCAACAGGAUAAGCCUCCCAGGUUCCGCAGGCUGAAGCAAGAGCGAGAAAAUGCAGCCCGCAUCAAUGUAAGCAGUGGAAUUAUUGAAGUUGUAGCUGGACAACAGCAGAGGCCUGCUUCUACGUUGCAGAAUUCCCUGCAAGAAACAAAUAGCACUCCCAAAGCAUCUGCCACAGCUGUCGCAAAUGCAAACCACAAAGUCUCCACAACUUCUAAUAAUAAUAAUAAUAAUAGCAGCCACCAUGGGGUUGGAAACCAAAAUUUGAAUAGUCACUACCACCAUCACUACCAGGGCAACUCCCAGUCGCACCCCCAGCACCAUCUUAACCAUAACCCAGCAGGGGGCGCCAAGUCUCCAGAUGUCUCUAACCAGAACUCUGACCAGGCAAAUGAGGAAUGGGAAACGGCCUCUGAAAGCAGCGAUUUCACUGAGUUUCGCGAGAGAGGAGGUGGAGGAGGUGGUAAAUCCUAUUCCUCUCACCACCACCACCAUCACCACCAUACAGCAGGAAGAGGUGUCGGAGGCAGUGGAGGUGGCGAGAGAGAGAUGACGGCUAAAGAACUAGCCACCAGCAAGAGAAGCUUCUCCAGUCAGCGCCCUGGAAUGGAGAGGCAGAACAGAAGGGUGAAUCCCAGUGGUGGUGGAGGAAGAGGCCCCAGGGGUCUGCUCAUUGGUGGUGGGCCUGUAGGUGGAGCUGGCAAUGGUGGGCCCAAUCGUGGUGAGAGGCGUGGCAACUGGCCUUCCCCUAAGAACAGGAAGUGAUUCUUUUUUUUUUUUGGAACCAUUUCAAAUGCAUCCCUCUUUCUUUGGCCACUUAUUUCAGUCCAUUUUCUCCCUAACACUUCACUAUCAUUGUAAAAGAUUAGUUAAUAAGACAUGUACACACAUUCUAGCUUCCUUGGUUUAUUGCUUUUUUUAUCCUUCUGUUGGAAAUUCACACUCAGUGCCCUUUCACGCUCACAUAAAUCCCAAGUUCCCCAGAGAUUUGACAUCCUCCCCCCCUCUUUAAUGGAACUUUUGAGACUGAAAAUACAGUCAACCAUAAGAUACCAUUUAUUGUUGCAUAUACAAGCACAAUAUGGCAUCAACCUGACAAAAGUAUGCUUAGUUUGUGUAUGCUAGGCAUGUUAAUUGUAUUUGUAGAAGAACUGUCUUGAAACAUAUAUGGAAGGCCAGGGUAGAUAUUAUGUAACAGUGUAUUCACAUUGCAUAAUUUUGGAUUGUGUAUUCAGAAAUAGAAGUCACUGUAUUCUCCUUCAGGUUUGGUCUUGGAAGUUCCUCUUUUAAUGAGAACAAAUGUAUCAUAGAUUUGUUUUUCCUUCUUGUGUUUUGAAUUCUUCCCCUUAUCAAGUUUUAAUUUCAACCACGCCCCUCUUUUAAAGGUGAGGGUAUCAUUUUUUUUUUUUCCUUCUGCAAAGCGGGUCAUUAAAAUUCAAAAUUUUAACUUAACCCCCCAUUCAUUUUUGGUUUUGAGCUCAUCAUUUGCUACUGUGCUUGCUCAUCCAGUACAAUACUACUGCGCAUAUUCUACUGUCAUGUCCGGUUGUUCAGACCUACAUGGUGUUUUUUCCCCACUUUGUUUGCAAGUCAUUCAUUCUGCUCAUUGAAUUUGGGUUUUCAAAUAGUUCCACUAGCUGUUUUGGCUUCCGCAUGGAAUUGUAAUCUAGUAGUGUACAUUUUACAUGCUUAUUUAAUUAGAUGAAAUGAUCUUACGGUCCCUAAAAUUCCCAUUCAUGGAUCAUGUGAAAUUAAGGCUGUUUCUGUUUCAAGUCAAAUGACUAUUGGCCUUAAGUGUCUGAUCCUCCAUUAAAAUAGAAUGUAAUUUUUGUUUUAACAUCAAGUACAGGUUAUUUCUGUCUUGCACUUAUAUUAAGCCAGUAAACUUUCCUGAACUCCUGUAGGAUGAAGAUUGUUCAGUUUUGUUUUUCCUCCAUAUGAUUAGCUGUAUACUGGGCAUCUUUUUGACUAGAUGUCACAAUGCAGUUCCAGGUUAUUGAACAUGGAAACUAAGUAUUGUGCUAUUGUUAUAUUCACUUAGCAGUUCUAGGACGUGUAGAGAACCGCUCUUUGACCACCCUCUGCAUUGUAAAUUCCCUUUAUUUUAAAAAGACAGUUUAACAUAAGCUCUUCUUCCAUUCUGUAUUUUCAAAGUCCCCCAACACAUGUGUGUGAUUAAUGGGCAGUUGUCUUACUUGCAUCUUUUUACUGAGCUUCAAUUUACCAUCUCAGUGAGACAUGUCUAUGCCAAGGAGUCUGUGGCCCUUUUUGAGUAGUGUUACAAAACAAGACAUUGGUUCUGUGUACAAUAUGCCUGAUGUCAAACAAAACUUGCCCAUCAUCUCAACUCUUACGUCACGCUAGUGAACAGGAAGUCUGAGCCCAGGUUAACAAGAAACCACAAACGCUUGACGUCUAAAUAGAAACGGAUCAAAUAAUUUUUCACUCCUCAUUUUGACCAGCAUCUGUAUCUUACUGGUGUAAGUUGGGGUUUGUUUGUUUUCUGGGAAUGCCUUGAUCUGAUCAACAAUACUAUGUAGGGCUAUUGAAUGGCAUGUAUGUGUGAAUAGGGCAUUUAAAACGUAUGUGUGAAUUAAUUUGAUCUUUACAUUAAAUGUGCUUUGUUGACGCUUUGUAAAAGGCAAAUUUGAGUCCUUAUUGCCCACUUUUUUCGACACUAUUAUGUUCAUUUUAUCUAGGAUAUUUUCAUUAUAUACAUUCAAGUGUGUGUAUAUGUUAAUCCAAAUGAAGUGCAGUGGUAAAAAGUAAGAUCUGUAUUUCUUUCCCCUUAUCUACUGUGGGGGAAAAAGGGUUUAUUUUACUUUACUCACAGACAUUUAACAAGCCUGGUUUCAUCCUUUGAUGAAGCUUGGUGGGUCUAUUCAUUGGAAGCCAUUCACAUAGGCUUCCUGUGCUGUUUAUCAUCCCUCUUAAUCUCUUAAUCCAUUGUUGUGGUCACAUUAUAUGUACCAAUAUUUGAAUAAAACUGAAUAGAAAUGUGUAUUCCUUGAAAUACUCAAGAGAUUGUAUUAUACUUCUAUACCAAGGUACCUGAAAUUGUUCCUGCUGUCCUAGCGUUUAUGGCUUAUUAUUGGAACCUUGAUAUACACACAUGUAUGUAUAUUGGUAUGCAUCUGAGUUUGUCCACCCCAACUUACAUUCCCACUCACAAUUGUUGCCAUUUUUAAGUUCAAGGGAGCAAUGUACAAGCAGAGAAGUGUCUUAUUAUAAUAAAAAGUAUACAGAGAAAAAGUUAAAUAAAAAUCUUGUUUUA